AUGCGUGCGGUGCUCUUCCUCUUUAACACACUCGAGUUCGCGCAGAAUGCUGUGAUCGCGUUCUGCCACAUUGAGGUGUUCUUCUCGUAUCCGCUGGGUCCAGCGGCAUGGACGCGUUUCGCCUAUUACCUCUGCACAAUCAUGUUCUACGUGUAUACAAUUCUCACCGUCUUCGCCAGCAUCAACGUUUGUACUAUAAGCCCCAUUUCCCUGGUCAAAGAGAUCAUCCGCAACGUAAUCGGAUUCAUGCUGUAUGUGACGCUAUCAUUGAUCAUAAUGCAUAAGGCUGAGCAGGAUUUGAGCUUAUGGGAGCCAUCGGAUGACUAUGAGGGUCUCGGCCAGUUGCCAAUGGAUACGUUCAGGAAGUAUAUGCGAACGCAGUCUAUAACCGCUCUCUGCUGCGCCAUUACCUACCUGAUGCAUGCCACCAUUAUCAUUGACAUUUACUUGUCCGACGAGGACAUCGAUUAUGCGUUUGACGACUCCGAUGACAGCGAUUCGGACGGAUAUGUCGCCAUUCAUAUAUACUUCUUGGGCGACGUGGUUCAGAGGAAUCUUGAGCAAUACGCCUGGUUCCAGGAGUUCGAAAGCGGCAUUGUCAGGCAGUUUUAA